CUUGUGUUGUAAGUGCGUGUGCACCUGUACUUAGAGGUCAAUGAAAGAGCGGUUGUGCUGACACCUGAGUGGGACAGAUCGGUAUUCUGCUUUUGAUCGCCGCCUCUGCAACAUUGUAUACAGUUUCUUUUUGUUGAUGGAGUUCACACACAAACUUUUCCUGCUUUGCCGGGUUUCUAAUCAAUACUGAAGUUUUGCAGCUUCAGAUUUAAAGAAAAAAGAAACAUCUAGCCUGCUUUCUGUGGACUAAAAACAGCUUCAGAUGCAGGGAUGGCAAGGUCGAAACCAGUGUACCAUGAAGAAAUCCUACAGCUACAAUUCUUUUUCACCUGCUUCAAAGACAGUGAUGAGGCUGCAGAUUAUGUGGUACACAACAGCAGGCAACCUGGCUCUUUCUUGCUCAGACCCAGCACUCGCACCCCAGGAGGCUUAGCACUGACAGUUAGGAUUGAUGGCUCCCAUGCCAGGCAUGUCAAUGUGCUCCAGGAGCACAGCGACAACAGUCCCACUGGGCGGAUUUACUAUGUCAUCAGGGAGCGUUGUUUCAACACAUUCCAUGACUUGUACAGCUAUUAUUCUAUGAACUCUAUCACCAACAUGGAGCAUAUUGAAAAUGUACGUCUCCUGAACCCUAUUGAAAGAAACCGAGAGGCAAGCAAUUCUGUCUCAUCCAGAUCUAAACCUAUUUCGAUCUCUGUAACUAAUAAAGAGAUUCCCCCACUUCCUUUUCGGAAUCCAGGAGGCAUGUCAUCCUCUGUCAAGAGUGGAAACGCAGACUUCUCACCAAUAUCUGGAGCAGAUGGGGGUUCACAUCGAACAUCAUCGCUAGAUAGCGAGGGCAAUGAAAGUCGCUUAUCCAGCAGCAGCAUUGGUUCACACGUGAAUGAAGUGCCACAGUUAAUCAGGGCACCACUUCCACCAAAACCGAACGGUAGUAACCUGUAUUUCACAGAUCCCUUUGAAGAUGCACCUGUAUCUCCAACAGUGAUGCCCACCUCUCAGUCAAAUAUACCUAAAUCUAACUCAAAGAAGCAAGAAGGAUGACAAGUACAAAAAGAAAAAAGAAAACAAAAAGAUAU